AUGACUAUGCUUCAGGCGAUGGAUAAAAUUUUGUUUCAAUCACAACGACAAGAACGCAUAUCUUUUUAUAUGACGAAUCAUGGUGAAGAAGCAACACAAAUUGGCAGUGCUGCUGCUCUCGAUCCUACCGACCUCGUUUAUGCUCAAUAUCGCGAAGCUGGUAUUCUGCUAUAUCGUGGUUAUGAAUUGCAUCAAUUUAUUGAUCAAUGCCUGGGCAAUGCACGAGGAUCUUGCAAAGGAAUUCAGAUGCCUAUUCAUUAUGGUUCAAAAGAUCUCAACUAUGUCACCAUCUCGUCUACUGUUGCUACGCAAAUGCCACAAGCUGUGGGUAGUGCUUAUGCUUAUAAACGUGCUGGAAAUAGAAAAUGUGUAGCGUGUUAUUUUGGUGAUGGUGCUACAAGUGAAGGCGAUGCUCAUGCAGCAUUUAAUUUCGCUGCUACUCUUGAAGUACCAGUUAUAUUCAUCUGUCGUAACAAUGGAUAUGCUAUUUCAACGCCAUCAAAAGAUCAGUAUCAUAGCGAUGGCAUUGCUUCUCGUGGAUAUGGCUAUGGCAUGAUGGCAAUACGUGUCGAUGGGCAUGAUCUAUUUGCUGUUUACAAUGCGACUAGAGCGGCACGUCAAGUUGCCAUCAAUGAAAUGAAACCGGUAUUAAUUGAAGCCAUGGUUGAUAGGUAA